AUGUCUCUGUCAACGAAGCUAGCCAUUUCUGAUGUCGAUCUCACUGACAAGCGCGUGCUGAUGCGCGUGGACUUCAACGUCCCGCUUGAUGGCGAGCGCAUCACGAACAACCAGCGCAUUGUGGCUGCGCUGCCGACCAUCCAGUACGCCCUGGAGCACAAGGCCAAGGCGGUGGUGCUCAUGUCGCACCUGGGCCGUCCCGACGGCCAGAAGCAGACCAAGUACUCGCUGAAGCCGGUGGUGCCGGAGCUGUCGAAGCUGCUGGGCCGCGACGUGCAGUUCCUCCCGGACUGCGUGGGCGCUGAGGUGGAGCAGGCGGUGCAGGCGGCGUCGAACGGCGCCGUGAUCCUGCUCGAGAACGUGCGCUUCCACAUCGAGGAAGAGGGCAAGGGCAAGGACGCGAACGGCGAGAAGGUCAAGGCGGACUCGAACAAGGUCGCCGAGUUCCGUGCGCAGCUGACCAAGCUGGGCGAUGUGUACGUGAACGAUGCCUUUGGCUCGGCGCACCGUGCGCACUCGUCGGUCGUCGGCGUGGAGCUGCCGCAGCGUGCGUCGGGCUUCCUGAUGAAGAAGGAGCUCGACUUUUUCUCCAAGGCGCUCGAGUCGCCGGAGCGUCCGUUCCUUGCGAUCCUCGGUGGUGCGAAGAUCUCGGACAAGAUCCAGCUCAUCGACAACAUGCUCGACAAGGUGAACAUGCUGAUCAUUGGCGGUGGUAUGGCGUUCACCUUCAAGAAGGUCGUCGACCAGAUGUCCAUCGGCAACUCGCUCUUUGACGAGGAGGGCUCGAAGAAGGUCGACGAGCUCAUGCGCAAGGCGCAGGAGAAGAACGUCGAGGUGAUCCUGCCGGUCGACUUUGUGACCGCCGACAAGUUCGACAAGGAGGCGCAGGUCGGCCACGCGACCGACAAGGACGGCAUCCCCGACGGCUGGAUGGGUCUCGACGUCGGCGAGAAGUCGCGCGAGCACUUCCGCGCGGCGAUCCAGAAGGCCAAGACGAUCGUGUGGAACGGCCCGCCCGGCGUGUUCGAGUUCGACAACUUUGCCGCUGGCUCGAAGGCCAUGCUGGACGCCUGCGUCGAGGCCGAUAAGAACGGCGCGACCGUGAUUGUCGGCGGCGGCGACACGGCGACCGUCGUGGCCAAGUACGGCCAGGAGUCGAACCUCUCGCACGUGUCGACGGGCGGUGGCGCGAGCCUCGAGCUGCUCGAGGGCAAGGACCUCCCGGGUGUGACGAGUCUCAGCCAGAAGUAG